AUGCCUCCUCCCCCUCCACCCCCUCCGCCGCCGCCCGGGGGACUAGGUGGCCCUCCCCCACCACCACCUCCUGCAGCUUUACCAGCGAGGCCGUCAAAAGGCGAAGUUAAAGAUAGAGGCGCUCUAUUAUCCGAUAUUCACAAAGGCGCUCGAUUGAAGAAAGCCGUCACCAAUGAUCGAUCAGCACCUAUUGUUGGAAAAUCUGGAGGCAGCUCAGCUGCACCGCCCAUGGGAGCUGCACCACCAGUUCCAGGCAUAAGACUACCUCCUACGGGACUUGCACCCCCGGUCCCAACUGGGCCCGCCGCCAAUAGAUUACGAAGCAACAGCGAAGGGGUAUCCCACUCUGAUGGGGCGGCCGGUGCCUCAGCACCACAACUGGGUGGCAUUUUUGCGGGUGGCAUGCCCAAGCUGCGCAGCCGUGGUGGUGUCAACACGGGUGCCAACCGACAAGACUCUCCAUAUUUAUCGGACUCCGAGGCCUCCCGCCCGGCGCCUGGUGCACCACCUCCAAAGCCCCCAGGAGCUCCUCGACUACCUGGAGCACGACCGCCGCCACCUCCUCCAUCCACAGAGUCACCGCCUGCGCUGCCUGUGAACUCGCUAGUUGCAAGUUUGAAGAAGGCCCCUCCGCUACCCGGUUCCAGGCCAUCGUCUACUAUUUCUACGGCAAGUACUAGGUCUGCUCCUGAGAGUCCUCCUCCGCGUGCUCCUCCACCACCUCCUGCAGUUUCCCGGGCUCCACCUCCCCCGGUAUCUCGAAAAUCAUCUGCACCUCCUCCACCUCCCACCCCAGCAAUUAUCCCAGCGGCUCCACCCCCGCCACCACCAACAACAUCAAGAGCUCCGCCUCCCCCUCCCGCCACAUUGCGGUCACAUGCUCCUCCUCCACCAUCAAUCGCCGCCCAGGCUGCCCGCAGUGCUCUUGGACACCCGCCAUCAGCGCCAACAGCUUCAGCACCAGCAGCUCCUCCUCCGCCUCCGCCAGUCUCUCCUCCUAGCGCCCCUCCCCCACCCCCGAGUGAGCCAUCGCCAUUGGCAUUCCGCCCAUCCCCUGUUUCAUCCCCCGCACCAAUGAACCCUAGUGCUUAUACUCUCUCCAAUGGCGGCUCAUCUCCUGCACCCGCCCAGAUUCAAUCUACAAAUGGCCAGCAUAACAUUGUAGAUCCCCGUUUCAAGUUUCCGGGCAAUGCGAUGCUUCCGGCUCCUCGGAGGUUUGCCAGAACCCUGCCUGUUAAAUAUCGUGCCGGGAAAGUCAGCAGUGUGCCGUACCAUCUUAAAUGA